AUGGGUCUUGGGCCGUCUGAUUCGUUAAUCAUCUGUCCAAGCCACCCCGGCCGAGCAACCAGGACGUUCCUGGCGACCCCUGUUCACGAUUCCCCAAAUCCCUGCCCUCGUGUUUCCUCGCCUGCAACUCAGGCUGUACCUGGUCGACUCCUGGCAGCAGUUCGUAGUAGUGGCAGCGACCAAGCCGUGGGCCACCCUCGAACGAGGUACCACUCUUUCUUUCGCCUUUCCUCCUCUCACUCACCCGAUUCUCUUGACUGGUCUCCGUCCCGUUUCCUCUCUCUCCCUCUUCUCCUCCGGUGCCGUGUGUGCAUUUUUCGCUCUUUCGAGGUGGAAUUGUUGCUCAUCGUCUGGAACGUUGAAUCUCUCAAAGGAAAACACAAGACGCUCAUUGUAAGCCUUUCUUCGAUUCCAACGCGGCAAGAUACAGGACGCACACCUACAUCCGUCCCAUCUUUGCCUCCUUAUCCCCUUUUCCCACCGACCAAACCGACCGACCGACACGAGCAACAGUAA